AUGCACUUCUCAGACUCACUUCUCGUCGCUGGGCUCAUUGCCUUUGCCUCAGCGUCUCCAGCUCCAGCUCCAGAGCCAACGACGCCAUCUGCAUCUCAAACCCAAGCUCUAGUUGAUGACCUCCAAUCAUACAUCCUCGACCUUGCAACCCAACCCAUAGUUUCCAGCCUUGCCACCGACACCGCUGCUCUCAGCUCUCUUGAAGCCUUACAAGAGUCCCUCCUAUCCGACGUCAGGGAUGGCGAAACUCCAAAUACAUCCGUGUUGACUGCUUUGCCUUCUCCUCUCGCCAGCUUCAUCGGUUCCAUCUACACGGCCGAACUGAGCAUCGCCAGCAAAAAUGGGUUUGGCGAUUUGAUAGCAAGCGCAACUGCUACUGAAGCUGCAUCUGCAUCGGCUACCGGCGCGUCACAGACGGCAAGUGGAACUCAGAAGACUUCGACGACUGGGUCGGCUUCGGCGACGACAGAAUCGGCGAGUGCAAGCUCAAGUGCUCCAGUCACUGUCGAGACGGGUGCUGCUGGUGCAUUGGGUGUUGAUAUGUUGAGCAUUUGUGGAGGUUUGGCCGUUGGUCUUGUGGGUGCUGUGAUGGCUUUGUAA